AUGGGGGAGCGCUACGAGCGGUCCGGGGGCCUGAACGAAGGGCUUGCCCAGGCGCUGAAGGUGAAACAGGCCGAGCUGAAGAAGAAGGGAAACGGUAAGAAGGAGGGCGACGAUAAGACCAUGCAGCUGAAGAUGGAAAUCGCGGCCCUCGAGCAAAAGUUGGAAACGACCUUCGAGUUUAAGGACGCGAAAGGAAACACGCUGAAGUACGAGUGGGUCAAAGACGAAGGAAGCGUGGUGCAGGUGAAGGUAGAGAACUUUUGAAAGAAGUUUAUCUAGCAGGUCGACGUAUAGUUGAAUGUUGAAUUAUUGUUCAUAAAUGAGAAAAAGUUUGUUGUUUAUCCGCGAGGAGAUGGACACGAUGUGGUGGAGGAGUUUACUUGAAUCAUGACCAAAAACAAGGUGUUUCACAACGGCGAACUGCUGGGCGCGUUGUCGAACCCGAUGAACUAUCAAGUGCAAAUAUGUCUGGGUCUCGAAGUAGGAUGCCAGACUUGUAAUGCUGAACUCCCAUGUUGCUCCCAAACUCUGUAUAUGCGCGUUGAGGAAUACUAGUGCUCGUUCUGUGUCAUGCAAAGACGCAUUUUCUCAUGCGUUUUAAGCACCGCAGGACCGUUCAAAACUUUGUCAUGCUUGGCUGCCUACUCUAGUCAUUUCGUGACUCAUGUUGUAGCAUGACAACUUUCUCUUUCCAGACCCAGACAUUUUUGCAAUGCAUAUGAACGCCAAAAAGGCAGGG